ACCAUUUGUCUCUUCUCUUUUCCCCUUACUUCUUCAUCUUUUUUGCAGGCUAAUUCACCCAUGUUGCCUUUGUAACAAUAUCCCAAUUUCAUUCCUCUUUUCCCUCUGCAGGAAGUCAGCAGGAAGUUAGAGUGUUCUGAAUGCUCACUAAAAUGGAGAGCAGUUCCUCACUUGUGGUGCUUCUCCUGCUGCUGCUGUGCUCCAUCAACAGCAGCUGUCUGUUUUCAUAUUCAGUGUUGAUGAGAAAAGAUGAAGCACACAAGGUGCUGAAAGUCCACAAACGUGCCAACUAUUUUCUAGAAGAGAUUCGUCCAGGGAACUUGGAGAGAGAAUGCAAUGAGGAAGUGUGUUCAUUUGAGGAGGCUAAAGAGAUCUUCCAUGCACAAGAGAAAACGAUGGAGUUUUGGUUCAGUUACAAAGGUUUAAAUCCAUGUAGUACCAAUCCCUGUGUGAAUGGUGGAGUCUGCAAAAUUAGACACUAUAAUUACAUUUGCAUCUGCCCCCCAAGAUUUGGAGGAGCCAACUGUGAAAAAGAGAAGUCUGAGUGCUGGUACCAGAAUGGGGGGUGCUGGCAGUACUGCAGGGACAGCAGCAGUGCCUUCCAUGUGGUCUGCUCCUGCGCCCAGGACUACACCCUGCAUGAGGACAGGAGGAGAUGUGUGCAAGCAGCACCAUUCCCAUGUGGCUUGAUUAAAGCCAGGCAAGCUCUGGAAGAAGGAUGGCUGGGGCCAAAGCAGCUUCUGAGGGCACUGCCCCAGCCUGGGGAUGAUGUGACCAAGUGGAAUGAGAGCACCAUCAGGCAUACAGAGCCACAACAAAGUGCUGUUGGGGAAAAUGAGACCCUGAAGUAUGCCUCUGGGCAGAGCAUGCACAUGGAGGGUCACGCUGAAGAGACUGAGGUGGCAGGAGGUGCUUCCAGCUGGAACAAGCCACUGGAGGAUUCUGUGACCCAGCAACUGUUGAGGGAUGAUGCUGCUGAGACAGAGGCGCAUGUCCCUGAGCACAGUGAGGGAGCAGAAGGGACCACUGUGUCUGGCCAGCCUGCUUGGUGGAGUGAGCCAACCCUGAGCCCUGCAUGGCAGAACAAGACCACAGCACCUGCUCCCAGGCAGAGGGACAGGGUGGGAAAUGCUGCUGAGCAAAACGGAGCAGAGGAGAGCACUGUGCAGAACACAACAGGGAGCAGUCAGGCUGCGGACAAUCAGGGCAAUGACUGGGGAAACAUUUCAGACACACUGCAGCUUGUCCAGGUAGGCAUCAGCGCUCCUCUAGAGAACAGCGACUCCAGGAUAACAGGAGGAACGCUGUGUCAUCGUGGACACUGCCCCUGGCAGGUUUUGAUCCGGAAUAGCAAAGAUGUUGGGUUCUGCGGAGGGAGUUUAAUCAGCAGUCGCUGGGUGGUGACUGCUGCGCACUGCCUGGAUCUGGUCAGACCACACCACGUCACUGUAGGAGACUUUGACAAAUAUCAAAGAGAAUUCAAAGAACAGAAGAUCGAUGUGGAACGGAGCUGGACACAUCCACACUACAACUCCAAUGACUACAACAGCGACAUUGCCUUGCUGUACUUGAGCAGUAAUGUGGUUUUUAACGAGUAUGCGAUCCCCGUCUGCCUGCCGAGCCCUAACCUGGCCACCCUGCUCUCCGAGGAAGGCAGAAUAGGGACGGUGAGCGGCUGGGGUGCCACUCACGAGAGGGGCUCGACUCUGCGCUUCCUCAUGAAAGUGCGGCUGCCCAUCGUGAGCCUGGAGACCUGCCAGCGGUCCACGGAGCGCCUGGUCACCGACAACAUGUUCUGUGCAGGCUACAACACCGAGGUGGCAGAUGCCUGCAAAGGGGACAGCGGGGGCCCUUUCACAGUGUCUUACCACAACACAUGGUUUCUCUUGGGGAUUGUCAGCUGGGGCGAGGGCUGUGCCGAAAAAGGGAAGUACGGUGUGUACACCAGAGUGGCCAACUACAUCCCCUGGAUUAAAGAGACUGUGGAAAGUGUAGCAGAUUCAGAAAACUUCACCAUUAACUUUUCUUGAUACCAUAUUUACCAACAGGGACAACCCUCUUGUUACAGUGCCCAUUAGUCUGAGGCACAACAUGGUUCCUGCCCUUAACAGUGCAGAAAAGCAAGACUAUCUUCAAAGAGCUAUGAACCUGUUUACCAUAAAUGGUUAAAUUGUUCAUUCAAGUAUGACUGAGAACAAGGCUUGUGUGUAAUAAAGUAGUAUUCUGCAAAUAACAAAAGGAGACAACUGCAACUUUUGUUAAUGUAAAUUCCUUCCAGCAAGGGCUGGGUUGUCAAUAGAAAGCUUUCUCUUUCUCAAGCCUAUGUGCCUAUCACAGAACCAGGCAAGUAAGUGUGAGGGUGGUUGAGGGGGUGUGAGUAAACAGUUGAUGAAGACCAGUAAUUCAGAUCUAAGAUACUUGGGAAUACACAUCAUCACACCUACAGCAAGAAAUUUAUCAUUGUAAACCAGAAAGACUGAUCACAUGCAGCAAGAGGCUGAUUUAAUUAUGUAUGGGGGCAAGGUGCUUGAUGCCAGAAAUACAGGUGAAACAAAAUAGCUCCCAUCUGAUUAUCCCCUGCUGGCCUUGGAGAGUUGUUUUUGUCUGCUGCUUUAUGCUGCGGUUAAUGGGUGGUCUUUGUGACCCAUGCCAAAAGCUUUGAUUUAGUGACUUCUCUCACACUUCACAAUGAAGUUGUAUUUCCACCCCCCCAAAGAUUUUCAAUAAAAAGAAAAAAACUCCCAUCCUAACCUAUAGAGCUUCAGGGCUGAACAGAACCUGGGUCUGGAGGUCUGAAGUGUUCUAUACUGUUCACUUACUUGUCGCAAUAUGGCAGCAAGGAACUCCAGGUCUUUCAGUAAAUUCAUUAAAAAUGGGAAAACCCCCAAACCAUUAAAGCUCUCAGCAUGCUCUGAACACUCUCCUGAGGUCAGAGACAGCAACAUAUUUGAGCCACCUGAAUCCCAAAACAAAAGGAAAUUAAAUUCCACAGCUUUCAUCUCACCAAAGCCAAGCCUCAGCAGGAUCAAAGCCUGUAGCAAAA